AUGCCGACCGUUCCACCGCCACCAAUCCGUGACCUGGAGGGUUUGCUGGGGCCCGUCCUACCCGAGGGCACGCGGGUGCUCGGAUACGAAGCGGCCUAUCUUACGGCACCCGGCGACAACUACGGCAGCACCAUGCUGGCCGUCACCGUACACACCACCCGGACGCCACUGGCCACCGCCACAGCCACCAAACAGCAGGACUGUAAGGACGAAAAGGAUGACUCUCCAACGGAGACCGAGCUCCAUUUGGUGGCCAAGAUGCGCCCAAGCAGCGAAGAGUUUCUUGAAAUCUUCCAAAUCGACACGACCUUCGUGAAGGAAGCGGCCGUUUAUCUGAAAAUCGUCCCUACGCUGCUCGCGUUGCAGCGCGAACAGGAGUUUGCUGCCCAUGACGAACUGAUCGAUGUGUUCUGCCGUUGCUACAAUGCUCGGGUUUCACUCGAUCCAGCGGUCGAAAAGGUGGACCAAGACGGUGUGAUGCUGUUCGAGAACCUAAAGCUAGCCGGCUACGUGACGGUUGAUCGACGUCAAGGCUUUGACCGAACGGUGGCACGAUUCGUGCUGCAGAAAUUGGCACUCUUUCACGCAAUUCCAAUCGCACUACGCUACCUAAAGCCGGACGUGUUCGAGACAGACGUUCACAAGUACCUCGUGAAGAUUGACAUCGACGCUGGUCUGAGCCCGGACACGCUGCGCCAGAUGAUGGAGGUGUUCCGGCAGGAUAUCCUGCGGACCGGUGUCGAAGCGGGAUUGGCCGAACGAGCUCAGGCCAAAAUUACCGAGUGCCAUCGGCGUCAGGCGCAACUGAUCUCGGAUCAACGGACCGUUUACUGCACGAUGCUGCACAACGAUCUGUGGGUGAACAACAUGAUGAUCAAAUACGAUCCAGACGGGACGACACCGUGCAGUCUGAAGUUUGUCGACUUUCAACUGAUCCAGAUGGAUUCGCUGGUGCGGGAUGUCAUUUUCUUUAUCAUCACAAGCGUCAGUGAUCCGGAGUUGGAGUCACAGUUGGACGGUUACUUCGAGUACUACUUCCAGCAGCUAGUUGGCAACGUGGCCCGGCUGCAGAUUCCUAACCAGGACGACUUCACGCUCGAAAGCUUUCGCGAGGAGAUCGACCGAGUAGCCCCGUACGAGCUGUACCAUAUCGUGUCGAUGUUGCGCGUGGUGCUGGCUCGCAAGGAAUCGAUCCCCGAGCAAAGUGAACAGGAUGCGGCACUGUUCUUCAACGACAACCUGGUCGAGGAGGACUACUACCGACGGCUUGAGGUUACGCUCAGGAUCUACGACCAGAGAGGUUGGAUAUAAGCGAGGCGAGUGCGGCAUGUCCCAGUGGACAAGAAGUUCAAUUAGCUGGUGGUCGUGGAUUCGCCGGGGAGGAGUGAUUGCGUUUUUGUAAAUAUGGUCAGCUAUAUGGCUGGGCGAGCAGUGGAGUACAAUAUAUCGGAAAAAAUACUUGUAUGGCGAGCAUAGAGAAAUAUAUAUCGUGUAGGCGUGUA